CUGAUCCAACCCUGGACCUGUGUUGGUAUCUCCAGUACAAAGCUCUCAACACUUCCCCGGUUAAACGAAUAUUAGCUUUAUUUUCUGUGCUUCCAGAGAUCCAUAAAUGAACUAAAUUAAGUUUUGCUGCAUGUUUUGGUCAAGUCCUGUCAGCAGAAUGUCUGACCGAGUGCUCGGUGUUUAUGAUUAGAGAGUCGGAGGGUCAGACAACUAGCAGGGAGCGAGAGACAGGCUGGAGCAGCGUCACGGCCCGGGGCUGGGGCUCUGCCAGGGGCCGCGGGACGGAGCGAAGUCACUGCGCUGGAAGCUAGUGGAGAGGCGGGUGGAGAUGAUGGAAGCACCCGGCUGUCUGUGUCUGCGUUGACCGUCUGAGAGCCGCUGCGACUGGGGGUUGAAGCCCAGCUGGUUGGUUGUGUAAACUUCGCUCAGAAAGGAGGAAGAGGAGGCCUUUUAUUAGCGGACUGAUGGCUCCAGAGUAACAUGUCAUGGCUUUAAUGAUUCCGCCGGUGAAGCUCAAAUGGCUGGAGCACCUGAACAGCUCAUGGAUCACGGAGGACAGCGAGUCCAUUGCCACGCGGGAGGGCGUGUCCGUGCUUUACUCCAAGCUACUGGCCAACAAAGAGGCGGUGCUGCUUCCCCAGCAGGUCCUGUGCCUGAAGGGCCCCCAGCUCCCAGACUUCGAGCGUGAGUCCCUCUCCAGCGAUGAGCAGGAGCACUAUCUGGAUGCUCUGCUCAGCAGCCAGCUGGCCUUGGCCAAGAUGGUCUGCUCUGAUUCUCCGUUCGCUGCUGCCUUGCGGAAACGCGUUCUGGUGCUACAACGCAUCUUCUACGCCCUCUCCAACAAGUACCACGACAAAGGGAAGGUCAAGCAGCAGCAGCACUCUCCGGAGAACAGCUCUGGCUCCGCGGACCUGCACUCUGUUAGCGAGCGGCCGCGCUCCAGCACUGAUGCCCUCAUUGAGAUGGGUGUCCGGACCGGCCUCAGCCUUCUGUUUGCUUUGCUUCGCCAGAGCUGGUUGAUGCCCCCUCCUCCCAGUUCCAGUGGAGGUCCCGGGGGCAACAUAAACUUAUGCAAUGAUGUGAUUCACACAGCCAUCGAUGUGGUCAGCUCCCUGCCGCCCCUUUCUCUGGCCAACGAGAGCAAGAUCCCCCCAAUGGGUCUGGACUGCUUGGCCCAGGUCACAACCUUCCUGAAGGGGGUGACCAUGCCAAACUCCGGGGUGGAUAUUUUUGGCCGCCGGCUAGCCUCAGAGCUGCUGCUGGGCUUGGCUUCACAGAGAGGGUCACUGCGCUACCUGUUGGAGUGGAUCGAGAUGGCCUUAGCUGCCUCUGCUGUGGUCAGUGCCAUGGAGCAGAACCUAGUUCUGCAGAACCAAGAGGGCCUGGUCGGCUAUGACUGCUUCAUGAACAUCCUUCUGCAGAUGAGACGCUCUCUGGGCUCUUCAGCGGAUCGGAGCCAGUGGCGAGAACCCACCCGGACUCCUGAUGGUCUCUGCUCUUUGUAUGAAGCAGCUCUGUGUCUGUUUGAGGAGGUGUGUCGAAUGGCAUCAGUCUACUCUCGUACCUGCGUCAGCCCCGACAGCAUUCAGACCGGCGAGGCUCCGGUGGUUUCUGAGACCUGUGAGGUUUACGUGUGGGGCAGCAACAGCAGUCACCAGCUGGUGGAGGGAACUCAGGAGAAGAUCCUGCAGCCGAAGCUGGCCGCCAGCUUCACUGAUGCUCAGACGAUUGAGGCGGGUCAGUACUGCACCUUUGUUAUCUCCUCUGAUGGUUCAGUUCGGGCCUGCGGGAAGGGCAGCUACGGCCGGCUGGGCCUCGGAGACUCUAACAACCAGUCGACUCUCAAGAAGCUGACCUUUGAACCCCAUCGAGCCAUCAAGAAGGUGUCGUCGUCUAAGGGCUCUGACGGCCACACGCUGGCCUUCACCACAGAGGGCGAGGUGUUCAGCUGGGGUGACGGUGAUUAUGGGAAACUGGGUCACGGGAACAGCUCAACUCAGAAGUACCCCAAACUCAUCCAGGGGCCACUGCAGGGGAAGGUGGUUGUGUGUGUGUCUGCUGGCUAUAGACACAGUGCUGCAGUCAGCGAGGAUGGAGAGCUGUACACCUGGGGUGAAGGAGACUUUGGACGGUUAGGACACGGCGACAGCAACAGCCGCAACAUUCCAACUCUGGUCAAAGACAUCAGUAAUGUUGGAGAGGUUUCAUGUGGAAGCUCCCACACCAUCGCCCUGUCCAAGGACGGACGCACCGUGUGGUCCUUUGGAGGAGGAGACAACGGAAAACUUGGACAUGGUGAUACUAAUCGGGUCUACAAGCCCAAAGUGGUGGAAGCCCUGCAGGGGAUGUUCAUCAGGAAGGUGUGUGCAGGAAGCCAGUCUUCUCUGGCUCUGACCUCCACCGGACAGGUGUUUGCUUGGGGCUGCGGCGCCUGUCUGGGCUGUGGUUCUUCCGAAGCUACAGCACUCAGACCCAAACUGAUCGAGGAGCUGGCUACGACCCGAGUGGUGGACAUCUCCAUCGGGGACAGCCACUGCCUGGCCCUGUCUCACGACAAUGAGGUUUAUGCAUGGGGGAACAACUCCAUGGGUCAGUGUGGUCAGGGGAACUCCACCGGACCCAUCACCAAGCCCAAAAAGGUGGUCGGCCUGGACGGAGUCGCCAUCCAGCAGAUCUCAGCUGGGACAUCCCACAGCCUGGCCUGGACCGCCCUGCCCAGAGACAGGCAGGUGGUGGCCUGGCAUCGGCCUUACUGUGUCGACCUGGAAGAAAGCACCUUUUCUCACCUGCGCUCUUUCCUGGAGCGCUAUUGUGAUGGCAUCAACAGCGAUGUUCCCCCUCUUCCCUUCCCGUCUUCCAGGGAACACCACAACUUCCUGAAGCUGUGCCUUCGACUUUUGUCCAAUCACCUGGCUCUGGCCCUGGCAGGGGGCGUGGCCACAAGUAUUCUGGGUCGACAGGCCCGGCCGCUGAGGAAUCUGCUCUUCAGGUUGAUGGAUGCAUCUGUGCCAGAUGAAAUUCAGGAGGCUGUUAUCGAGACACUUUCUGUGGGGGCGACCAUGUUGCUGCCUCCUCUGAGAGAACGGAUGGAGCUGCUUCACUCACUGCUGCCUCAGGGCCCAGACAGAUGGGAGAGUCUCUCUAAAGGACAGAGGAUGCAGCUGGACAUCAUCCUGACCAGCCUCCAGGACCACACCCACGUAGCCUCGCUCCUGGGCUACAGCUCUCCCACCGACGGACCUGAGGUCCCAUCCUCGGUUCUGACGUUCACAGCAUAUCCCGACCCUGCCUACGGCGCCACGGCGGGCCCACCCGACACACACCUGGCUGAGAUCCUCAUGAAGACGCUGCUGAGGAACCUGGGCUUCUACACCGACCAAGCCCUGGGCGAGUUGGAGAAGAACAGUGACAAGCUGCAGCAGAGCACCUCCCCGUCUGACAGCAGCCAGCCCGCGCACCUCCACCAGCUCCUGUGCUCCCUACAGAAGCAGCUGCUGGCUUACUGCCACAUCAACGCUGUCACCGAGAACUCGAGCAGCGUGGCUCUUCUGCACAAACACCUGCAGCUGCUGCUGCCUCACUCCACAGAAAUCUUCUCCCGCUCGGCUGCUCUGAUAAAGGAGAGCUCCUGGAACGGAAGCAUCCAGGAGAAGCUGCAGGAUGUGAUCUACGUGUCAGCAGCUGGCAGCAUGCUGUGCCAGAUCAUCAACUCAUUGUUGCUGCUCCCAGUAUCUGUGGUGAGACCACUGCUGAGCUACCUGCUGGACCUGCUGCCUCCCCUGGACCGCCUCAACAGGCUGCUGCCUGCUGCCUCCCCCCUGGAGGACCAAGAGCUGCAGUGGCCUCUGCAUGGUACGUCAGACUUUGCUGAGCCGGCCUCCGGACUGCCCCUGCUGCAGCCAGCCCUGUGUUGGGUCUGGCUGGUGGACCUGGAGCGGACCAUAGCCCUGCUGGUGGGCCGCUGCCUGGGGGGGAUGCUGCAGGGAGCUGCCACGUCUCUGGAGGAGCAGGACACGGCGUACUGGCUUAAAACUCCGCUGCUAAGCAACGGCCUGGAAAUGGACAUCCCACAGCUCGAUGCCUGCAUCAGCUCCCUCCUAGAAGCGGCGCUGUCAGGAAACGAGGAGCAGAAGCCUCUGGACUGCACGCUACGAUCCGAUCUGAGUGUUCUGGUGGACCUGGCUCUGGGUUCUUCUAAAGAACCCUCCAACAGCCUGUGGAUCAACUUGCAGGACUACGCCAUCAGUAAAGACUGGGACAAUGCAUCUCUGAACAACGAGUCUCUUCUGGACACCGUGUCCAGGUUUGUGCUGGCGGCUCUGCUGAAGCACACCGGGCUGCUGGGCCAAGCCUGUGGCGAGGGAAGGUAUCAGCCUUCCAAGUCUCUGUCAGAGGUCUAUCGUAGCGUUUAUAAAGUACGGAACCGCCUGCUGGCUUGUAAGAAUAUGGACUUCAUCCAGACCAGGUCCUCUUCUCGUGAGAGGAGGAUUUCAGACAAUCAGGAUUCUUUGGACAUGGACCCCCAGGAGCACUCGUUCACUCGCACCAUUGACGAGGAGGCGGAGCUGGAAGAGAGAGCCGACCGCGAGAGAGAAGAAGGUCACCAGGAGCAAGACGAUGAAGAGGAAGACAGAGAACAUGAAGUGAUGACAGCUGGAAAAAUAUUUCAAUGUUUCCUCUCAGCACGGGAAGUGGCUCGGAGUCGGGACAGAGAGCGGGCCAGCAGUAGCACAGGACUGGGUUCUGGAUCCGGAUCCCGGUGUGGAGCUGCAGCAGGAGGAGGAGAAGAAGAUGUGGUUCUAUCUCAGGAAGGGCGGCGGGGCAGCUCCGGUCCCACCGAGGGCCAAGACCUGUACACGGCAGCCUGCAACUCGGUGAUCCAUCGCUGCUCCCUGCUGCUGCUGGGAGUCAGCCCGGUGCUGAGUGAGCAGAUUAAACAGAACCAGGAGGACGGCCCGAUCCAGUCGGCUACAGCAACACAGGAGUGUCUGAGCUUCAUGACAAGAAGUGAGAGUCUGAGUACAGAAAGCCGCUCGGUGCAGAGCAGCCCGAGUUACCGAUUGAUUAAAUCCAGGAGUGAGUCGGACCUGUCCCAACCCGAGUCAGACGAGGAGAGCUACAACCUGAGUGGACGGAGGAACGUGGAUCUGGAUCUGGCAUUCUCUCAUAAGAAGCGUGGUAUUCUUCACAGCUCACCCGACUCUUUGGCCGAGUCCUGGUUCAGGUCCAGACUCAGCCACCAGCGCAGCUACAGCUCAGCUCACUCCUACGAAGAGUCGGACUUGGACCUGAACCAUUCACUGGGGAUCCAUGCUCUCAUAGACAACAUGGUGAGCUUCAUCAGCGGCGACGUGGGCCAUGCUCCAGCCUUCAAAGAACCCGAGGAGGGCGUGUCCACCAGCCCGCAGGCCACCAUCCUGGCCAUGGAGCAGCAGCAGAGCCGUGCGGAGCUGCGGUUGGAGGCCCUCCAUCAGAUUGUGGUGCUGAUCUCAGGCAUGGAGGAGAAGGGGAGCCAGGCUGGAACCACCGACCGGUCCAGCAGCACCUUCCAGUCGUCGUUCUUGCUCACCUCCGUCAGGCUUCAGUUCCUGGCUGGCUGCUUUGGUCUCGGUACCGUUGGUACCGGCAGCCUAAAAAGCGAGAGCAUGCAGCUCCAUCACUAUCAGGAUGGAAUCAAAGCAGCAAAAAGGUGCAUCCAGAUGGAGAUCCAGACGGCUGUCCACAAGAUCUACCAGCAGCUGUCUGUCACUCUGGAGAGGGCGCUUCAGGCCAACAAGCACCACAUAGAAGCUCAGCAGCGCCUGCUAUUGGUGACGGUGUUUGCUCUGAGCGUUCGUUACCAGCCCGUGGACGUCUCUCUGGCCAUCUCCAGUGGACUUCUGAAUGUUCUGUCUCAGCUCUGUGGCACUGAGACCAUGCUGGGUCAGCCCCUUCAGCUGCUGCAGAAACCUGGAGUGUCCCAGCUCAGCACCGCCCUAAAGGUGGCCUCCACCCGCCUGCUGCAGAUCCUGGCUAUCAGUACUGGGACAUAUGCAGACAAGCUGAGUCCUAAAGUGGUCCAGUCUCUGCUGGACCUGCUCUGCAGCCAGCUGAAGAACCUUCUAUCUCAGGCAGGAGUGAGCCGUCUCUCUGCUGGAAAGGACCAAGAGGACACCAAACAGGAGGACAGCACUGACUCUGAGAGGAAAGACUUCAGAGGUUUUAUCCGUAAGCAACACACAGCAGAGCUUCACCUGGGAGACUUCUUGGUCUUCCUCAGGAGGGUGGUGUCCUCCAAGGCCAUCCAGUCCAAGAUGGCAUCCCCUAAAUGGACUGAAGUCCUGCUCAACAUUGCUGCUCAGAAGUGCUGCUCGGGUGUUCCUCUGGUGGGAAACAUGAGGACUCGGCUUCUUGCUCUUCAUGUUCUGGAGGCAGUCCUUCCAGCCUGCGAGGCUAGUAUGGAGAAUGACCAGAUGACACAGGUGGUGGAGCGUCUCUUCUCUCUGCUGUCUGACUGCAUGUGGGAAGCUCCUGUUGCUCAGGCCAAACGCACCAUCCAGAUUAACGAGAAGGUCCAGGAGCACAAACUGCAGGGAGAAGCAGAGGAGGAAGACGAGAACCUCCCCAUUCAGGAGGUGUCCUUUGACCCGGAGAAAGCUCAGUGUUGUGUGGUGGAGAAUGGUCAGGGCCUGACACACGGCAGCGGGGGUAAAGGUUACGGCCUGGCCUCCACUGGGAUCUCCUCUGGAUGCUACCAGUGGAAGUUCUACAUUGUGAAGGAGAAUCGGGGCAACGAGGGCACAUGUGUGGGCGUUUCACGGUGGCCCGUGCACGACUUUAACCACCGCACCACGUCUGACAUGUGGCUGUAUCGAGCCUACAGUGGAAACUUGUAUCACAACGGGGAGCAGACUCUGGCGCUGAGCAGCUUCACCCAGGGAGACUUCAUCACCUGCGUCCUCGAUAUGGAGGCCAGGACCAUCUCCUUUAGCAAAAACGGAGAGGAGCCCAAACUGGCAUUUGAAGACGUGGACGCUGCAGAGCUCUAUCCCUGUGUGAUGUUCUACAGCAGCAACCCAGGAGAGAAGGUGAAGAUUUGCGACAUGCAGAUGAGAGGAACUCCUCGAGACCUCCUCCCAGGUGACCCAGUCUGCAGCCCCAUGGCCAUCGUUCUGGUGGAGGCCACCACACAGCUAAUUCGCGUCUUGCACCGCACCGACCACUGGACCCACCGCAUCAACAAGACCAUGAUCGAACGUCUGCACAAAAUUAAGCUGUGCUUCAGAGAGUCGGCCGGCGGGUCGAGUGGUGCUGGCAGCCAACGGCUGAAAAAGAGUCGCUCGGUGCAAAGCCGCGAGGAGCAUGACGCGCAGAGGGAGAGCCAGGAGGUGCCUGCCAAAAUGGAAGAGGAGAGGGGUCGUCACGGGCGGCAGCAUGGGCUGGGGGAACUGUCGGAACACCAUCUCAGAACUUUGUGCAUGGAAGUGUGGCCGGUUCUGGCCGUGAUCGGAGGAGCGGACACCGGUCUUCGCGUGGGAGGACGAUGUGUUCACAAACAGACCGGGAGGCACGCCACACUGCUGGGCGUGGUGAAGGAGGGCAGCACCUCGGCUAAGGUCCAGUGGGACGAAGCCGAGAUCACCAUCAGCUUCCCAACUUUCUGGUCGCCUAGUGACACUCCUCUCUACAACCUGGAGCCCUGCGAGCCGCUGCCGUUCGACGUGGGGCGUUUCCGAGGCCUCACCGCUUCGCUGCUGCUGGACCUCACCUAUCUGACCAGCAUCUAUGAAGAGACCACCGUGAAGCUCAGCGCACGGCGCCACGAAAAGAAACACCGCAAUGCUGCGUCGACGGGGCACGAGCCAACUGGAGCAGAUGAGAAGUUGGACAGCGAUGGCCACAACCGCGAUGAACAGAAAGGGAGCUCUAGUGCUGCCACGGUAACCUCUGACCUGCGAGUGUCUCACAGCCUGGAGGAGGUGAAGUCUCACGUGGCACCAAACUCUAAGUCUGAAAGUGAGAUCUCCUCUGUGGUCGGCGAAGGGAACGAAACCAUUUUCGCAGCAACUCCUCAUGGUGUGGAAAGUGGAAGGAAGAAGGGUCACGAGCACAGCUCCCGCUGUCACGAACUGUCAUCCAUUAGCACCCAAUCAGAGAUCCAGGCUGUCCAGCUGUCCUACCUGUACCUGGGAGCCAUGAAGAGCCUCAGCGCUCUGCUGAGCUGCAGCAAAUACGCCGAGCUGCUCCUCAUCCCGAAGGUCUUACCUGAAGCGGUGCCGAGUGGUCAUAAUGCCGAUCUGAACACCAGCUCAGGUGGGAGCACGACAGCCACCUCCCCGGUGUGCCAGGAGGAGGUGGAGAUGCGAGCUGCCCUGCAGUUCCUCAUGAGGCACAUGGUGAAGCGCGCCGUGAUGCGUUCUCCUAUCAAGCGAGCUCUGGGCCUGGCGGACCUGGAGCGUGCUCAGGCCAUGAUCUACAAGCUGGUGGUGAACGGGCUGCUGGAAGAGCCGAGUGGGUCAAAGGUCAAACUUGGGGUGAGGAAUGAGUCCGAGGGGGAGGGAGAGGGUGCGGAUGGGGAGCAGCUGGCUCAGACCCCCGUCACUACCAGCCCCUCAGCCUCCAGCACCACGUCCUUCAUGAGCUCUUCGCUGGAGGACACCACCACCGCCACCACCCCGGUCACUGACACCGAGACCGUCCCCGCUUCUGAGUCCCCGGGCGUGAUGCCUCUCAGCCUCCUCAGGCAAAUGUUCUCCAGCUACCCUACCACCACCCUGGUUCCAACCCGCCGAGCCCAGACCCCGCCCGUGUCAUCUCUGCCGACAUCUCCAUCAGACGAGGUGGGACGCAGGCAGAGUCUCACUUCACCCGACUCCCAGCCUUCCAGACCACAGAACCGAGCCGGAACCUCUCUGUCGGACCCCAACAGCAGACUGUCUACGUCUCCCCCUCCGCCAGCCAUCGCUGUCCCACUGCUGGAGAUGGGCUUCUCUCUGCGCCAGAUCACCAAAGCUCUGGAAGCCACAGGAGCUCGAGGAGAAGCAGACGCUCAGAACAUCACAGUGCUAGCCAUGUGGAUGAUUGAACACCCGGCCAUGGAGGACGAACGCGAUGAGCUUCAUGGCAGAGGCGGGGAUGGGUCCGAGUCCACCUGCCCAGGAGCUGCAGCGUCCACUGGAGGAAAAGCCCUGGACAGGAGCUCCUACCUGGUCUCACCUGGAGAUAUCGGCAGCUCAGAAACAGCAGAACUUGAGGAGGGUUUCAGUGAAAGUCCUGAAGGUCUGGAUCCGGAUAACGCCUCGGCCUCCAGCAGCACCCCCAUCAGAGGUCGCUCCGCAGCAGGAAGGAAGCACCGCUUUGACCUGGCAGCUCGGACGCUGUUGGCCCGCGCUGCUGGACUGUACCGCUCCGUUCAGGCCCACCACAGCCAAUCCCGUCGAGAGGUCCCGUCCCUCCAGCAGCAACAAGACCCGGGUGCCCUGUAUGAUUUCAACCUGGAUGAGGAGCUAGAGAUGGACCUGGAUGAGGAGACCAUGGAGGCCAUGUUUGGCCAGGACCUCGCCAGCGACACAGACAUUCUGGGAAUGUGGAUCCCGGAGGUACUGGACUGGCCAACAUGGCACGUGUGUGAGACAGAUGACCGUGAUGAGGUGGUGGUGUGCGAGCUGUGUGAGGCCAACGUGGCGAACUUCAACCAGCACAUGAAGAAAAGUCACCCGGGCUGUGGACGCAGCGCCAACCGUCAGGGCUACCGCAGCAAUGGCUCCUAUGUGGACGGCUGGUUUGGAGGGGAGUGUGGUAGUGGAAACCCAUACUACCUGCUCUGUGGGGCCUGCAGGGAGAAGUACCUGACCAACAAAAACAAGGCCAGAGUCCCCCCUGUGGAGAGGUACAAGGGGCAGGCUCCGGACCUUCUGGGGAAGCAGGACAGUGUGUAUGAAGAGGACUGGGACAUGCUAGAUGUGGAUGAAGAUGAGAAGCUGACUGGGGAGGAGGAGUUUGAGCUCCUGGCUGGCCCGUUGGGUCUGAGCGAACGCAGGAUCGUACCCGAGCCCGUUCAGUUCCCUGACAGUGACCCGCUGGGAGCCUCUGUUGCCAUGGUAACUGCAACCAACAGCAUGGAGGAGACCCUUCUGCAGAUUGGCUGUCAGACCUCCGUGGAUAAGAGCUCAUCGGGUCGAGUCACCCUGGGGGAGCAGGCUGCCGCUCUACAGACCCCCCACGACCGGGUGAUGGCACUCAGGAGGGUUACAGCUGCUGCACAGGUGUUGCUGGCCAGAACCAUGGUGAUGAGAGCGCUGUCCCUGCUGUCUGUCAGCGGCUCCAGCUGCAGCCUUGCUGCUGGUCUGGAGUCUCUGGGUCUGACAGACAUCAGGACCCUGGUCAGGCUUAUGUGUCUGGCAGCAGCGGGUCGAGCCGGGCUCUCCACCAGUCCGACAGCGGGUUCCGGUCACGCCGAAAGGCCCCGUGGUGCCACCAAGACCAGUAAACCCAUCUCCUGCCUGGCUUACCUGAGCACAGCAGUGGGCUGCCUGGCAUCAAACAGCCCCAACGCUGCCAAGCUGUUGGUGCAGCUCUGCACACAGAACCUGAUCUCUGCAGCUACGGGCAUGAAUCUGACCACCGUUGACGACCCCAUCCAGAGGAAGUUCCUGCCCAGCUUCCUGCGUGGCGUGGCCGAGGAGAACAAACUCAUCACGUCUCCUAACUUUGUGGUGACUCAGGCCCUGGUGGCGCUGCUGGCCGAUAAGGGGGCGCGGCUGCGACCCGCUUACGACAAGGCUGACAUGGAGAAAAGAGGUCUAAUUGCGCAUUUGUAUGCCCAUCCUUCCCACAAUCCCUCCGCUGUAGGCCCUCUGGAGCUGGCCAAUGCUCUGGCGGCCUGCUGCCUAUCGUCCAGGCUCUCCUCGCAGCACCGCCAGUGGGCGGCGCAGCAGCUAGUCCGCACACUGGCGGCACACGACCGCGACAACAACCAUAGCCGUCCACAGACCUUCGCUGACAUGGCGGGGGAUCUGAGGAAGUGCUCCUUCAUCAAGCUGGAGGCCCAUCAGAGCAGGGUGAUCACAUGUGGUUGGUGCAGUAAGAAGGGCGUGCUGGUUACCAGUGGGAAUGAUGGGACCGUCAGGGUUUGGAACGUCACCAAGAACCAAUAUUCCCUCCAGCAGACCUGCGUCUUCAACAAGGACGACAGCUCUUCCGAGGAGGGGAUGUCCGGUUUGGGAUCCCCCAGCGAUCCCUGCCUGUCUCCACUGGCCUGGAGCGUCACUGGGAAAUAUCUGGCUUCUGCCAUGGAGAAACUGGUCAACAUCUGGCAAGUUAAUGGUGGUAAGGGGCUGCUCGAUGUGCAGCCUCACUGGGUGUCAGCGCUGGCAUGGCCCGAAUGGGAGGCGGAGUCUCUAUGGUGUGGUGAGCCCAAAGACAUGCUGCUGGUGGGCCGGAUGGAUGGCUCCCUGGGUCUCAUUGAGGUUCUGGAUGCGACCAGUAUGCACCGUACUGAGCUGGAGCACUGCUACAGGAAAGAUGUGGCCGUGAUGCACAUCGCCUGGUAUGGAGAGGACAAGCCUUUUGCUGUGGGCUACGCUGACGGAAAGCUGCUGAUCGGAUCCAAAGAGCCCCUAGAAACCGGAGCCGUAGUGGUUAUCGAUGCACACAAGGAGCCCAUCACCAGUAUGAAGUGGAGUCCCACAGGUCAGAUGUUACUGACGUGUGCUAAAGAGGAGACGGUGAAGCUGUGGGCCGGCCUGGACUGUGACUCAGGUCGUGGUUCUGACUGGUGCUGUCUGCAGAGUCUCCGACAUCCUUCCCUGGUUAAUGGAGCAGCCUGGUGCAGCCUGCCUGGGCGUGGCCCAAAGGCCCUCAGCAUGUUUGCCAUAUGCUGCCAGAAUGGUCUCGUUUCUGUCUGGACCAUUCCUCAAGAGAUCUCCAACUUUCCAGAAUCCUGUUCUUCUGACUCAGAGGGAUUGUGGGAGAGUGAAGCCAAACCUCAGCUGAUGUCUUCCCAGUGGGCCGAGGACAGAGCUGUAUGUGUUUUCCAGCUGAAGGGACACAUCACUCCAGUACGAACACUGGCCUUCAGCCCUGAUGGUCUGGUCCUAGCUUCUGGAGGGGUGGGAGGCCUCAUGAACAUCUGGUCUCUGCGGGACGGCUCCAUCCUCCAGACAGUAGUCGCUGGUUCAGGAGCCAUUCAGAACAUAGUUUGGAUACCAGAUGUGGGCGUGGCUGUCUGUUCCAACAGGUCAAAGGAUGUUCUAGUUGUGAAUUGCUCCAAAGAGUUUGUGGGGUCCAAUCACGUUCUGGCCACCUGUCGCACUGCACUGAAGAAGCAGGGCGUGGUCGGUAUCAACAUGGCGCCGUGCAUGAGAGCCUUCCUGGAGAGGUUGCCGGUUAUGCUGCAGGAGCAGUACGCCUACGAGAAGCCUCAUGUUGUGUGUGGCGAGCAGCUCGUCCACAGCCCCUACAUGCAGUGCCUUGCUUCUCUGGCUGUGGGCCUCCACCUGGACCAGCUCCUUUGUUGCCCCCCCGUUCCCCCUCACCUCCGACUCUGUCCGCCAGAGUCCGGCUCCACCAUCUGGAGUGCCAGUGAGUGGGCGUGGCUGGACUGCUUCUCCACUACAGUCAAGGCAGCCGAGGCUCUCGCCCGAGGAGCCACCUUCCCUGAGUCCUUCUGUGUUCCGGACCUGGAGCCGGCCCUUAAAGAGGAGAUGAUUCUGGUCAUGGACAACAGUAAAUGGGCGGCUGGUAUGGAUGAACAGAUCAUGUCCUGGGCCACCUCCAAACCUGAGGACUGGCACUUGGGAGGGAAGUGUGACGUUUUCCUGUGGGGUGCAGGGCGUCACGGUCAGCUGGCAGAGGCUGGUAGAAACAUCCUGAUACCAACAACCGCCCCGUCUUUCUCCCAGGCCCAACAGGUUGUUUGCGGUCAGAACUGCACCUUUGUGAUCCAGCCCAACGGGACGGUGUUGGCCUGUGGGGAAGGAAGCUACGGCCGUUUGGGUCAGGGCAACUCAGACGACCUGCACGUCCUCACCAUCAUCUCAGCCCUGCAAGGUUUUGUUGUGACUCAGCUGGUGACGUCAUGCGGCAGCGAUGGCCACUCAAUGGCCCUGACGGAGAGUGGCGAGGUGUUCAGCUGGGGAGAUGGAGACUACGGCAAACUGGGACACGGAAACAGCGACCGCCAGCGCCGACCGCGGCAGAUUGAGGCUCUGCAGGGAGAGGAGGUGGUGCAGAUGUCUUGUGGGUUCAAGCAUUCUGCGGUCGUAACGGCUGAUGGAAAACUUUUCACGUUUGGUAACGGGGAUUAUGGCCGCCUGGGUCUGGGAAACACGUCCAACAAGAAGCUUCCAGAGAAGGUCACUGCGCUGGAGGGCUACCAAGUUGGACAGGUGGCCUGCGGGUUGAACCACACGUUAGUGGUCUCCACUGACGGAAUGGUGGUUUGGGCCUUUGGAGAUGGAGACUAUGGAAAACUGGGACUGGGGAACUCCACGGCCAAAUCUUCUCCUCAGAAAGUGGAUGUUCUGUGUGGGAUCGGCAUCAAGAAGGUGGCCUGUGGGACUCAGUUUUCUGUGGCUUUGACUAAAGAUGGCAAAGUUUACACAUUUGGCCAAGACCGUCUGAUUGGCCUGCCAGAAGGCCGGGCCCGGAACCACAACAGACCCCAGCCGGUACCGGUGCUGUCUGGGACCCACAUCCAGGAUGUUGCUGUUGGAGCUGAACACACCUUGGUACUGUCCUCAACAGGAGAUGUUUACACCUGGGGCAGUAACUCAGAGGGACAGCUGGGCUUGGGCCACACCAACCAUGUAAGAGAACCCACGCUGGUGACGGCGCUUCAGUGUAAAAACAUCAACCAGAUCUCUGCUGGACGCUGCCACAGCGCUGCCUGGACAGCACCAUGUGUACCGCCUCGAGCACCAGGCUCGUCGGUUCCCCUCCAGCUGGGCCUACCGGCGGCGGUUCCGCCUCAGUACAGCGGACUGAAGGAGGUGAGCAUGGAAGCGGUGAGGGCCCGUCUGCGUCUCCUCUACUACUUCUCGGACCUCAUGUAUUCAUCAUGGAGGCUCCUGAACCUCAGCCCAAACAACCAGAGCUGCACCUCCCACUACAACGCGGGGACGUGGGGGAUAGUUCAGGGCCAACUCAGGCCCCUGUUGGCCCCCAGAGUUUACACGCUGCCCAUGGUCCGCUCCAUCGGGAAGACCAUGGUUCAGGGAAAGAACUAUGGACCUCAGAUCACCGUCAAACGGAUCUCCACACGAGGGAGAAAAUGCAAACCAAUCUUCAUGCAGAUUGCGCGGCAAGUGGUGAAGCUUAAUGCCUCGGACCUCCGGCUACCGUCCAGAGCCUGGAAGGUCAAACUGGUGGGGGAGGGGGCCGACGACGCUGGGGGUGUGUUUGAUGACACCAUCACUGAGAUGUGUCAGGAGCUGGAGACAGGUGUGGUGGACCUGCUCAUCCCGUCCCCAAAUGCCACAGCAGAGGUGGGCUACAACAGAGACAGGUUCCUGUUCAGCCCCUCUGCCUGCCUAGAUGAGCACAUGCUCCAGUUCAAGUUCCUGGGUAUCCUGAUGGGCGUGGCCAUCCGUACCAAGAAGCCCCUGGACCUGCACCUGGCUCCGCUUGUCUGGAAACAGCUGUGUUGCAUCCCGCUGCAGCUGGAGGACCUGGAGGAGGUGGACCUGCUCUACGUGCAGACGCUCAAAAGCAUUCUUCACAUUGAAGACAGCGGCAUCACAGAGGACAAUUUCCAUGAGAUGAUUCCUCUGGAUUCCUUUGUUGGGCAAAGCGCUGACGGGAAAAUGGUGCCAAUCAUCCCAGGAGGAAACAGCAUUCCUCUCACCUUCUCUAACAGGAAGGAAUAUGUGGAACGAGCUAUCGAGUACAGGCUGCAUGAAAUCGACCGCCAGGUGGCGGCUGUCCGUGAGGGCAUGUCAUGGAUCGUUCCGGUUCCACUCUUGUCGCUGCUGACGGCCAAACAGUUGGAGCAGAUGGUGUGCGGCAUGCCAGAGAUCUGCUGCAACGUUCUGAAGAAGGUGGUCCGGUACCGUGAGGUGGACGAGCAGCACUCUCUGGUCCAGUGGUUCUGGCAGACCCUGGAAGAGUUCUCCAACGAGGAGCGGGUGCUUUUCUUGCGCUUCGUCUCUGGACGUUCGCGCCUUCCUGCCAACACGGCCGACAUCUCUCAGAGGUUUCAGAUCAUGAAGGUGGAUCGUCCGUACGACAGCCUUCCCACCUCUCAGACCUGCUUUUUCCAGCUGCGUCUGCCACCCUACUCCACUCAGGCUGUCAUGGCUGAAAGACUGCGGUACGCUAUCAAUAACUGCCGCUCCAUUGACAUGGACAACUACAUGCUGUCCCGGAACGUGGAUAAUGCUGAGGGCUCCGACACGGACUACUGAUGUUUCCACGCAGAUACCAAACAGAUUCCUGGGAAUGACAGAGCACGGAGCGACUCGCAGCCCCCAUCGUAGCACACUGAGCAGAUGGACACCCUGACAUUUUAAGUUUUACGCUCAGAUCUUUUUUUUUUCUCUCUUGGUGGUUUAUUAGCAGUUUUAACAUGAAAAUCCACACAAGGAGUUUAAUUUGGGGUUUUUCGUUUCCCGCCUUCAGGGUUUCUGCAUGAAGAUGCUAUAGUUGUUUGGGAAUGUACAGGGAAUCAUCAAGAGGAGAGAACGUUGUACAUUGUGUAAAAUGCUUCAUUAGGAAAAUGUUUUGCAUCGUUUCCAUAUUUAUUGUUUUCAUUGCCAACGGCGGGUUUCCCAAAACAAAACAAACCCAAUAAAAUACAUGGAAUAUCUGA